AUGAUCGACUUCGCUAAUCCAUACUUUUCGACCUCGUUGAUAAUUGUUGUUCCUUGUGAAAGCGGGCUGAGUAUAAUAAAUGUCUACGAAAAAUUGGAUAUUAGAACCUGGUUUGCCUACCUUCUGUGUGUGUAUUGGUCCUUUGUGGUGGCGGAGACCUUCAUCAUCUGGGCGAACCUUCGCAUGUCCGGAGAUCGUCGCCUACCAAGCAUUAAUGAACUAUUAAACCUUCGAGCAAUCCAAGGUAUUUUGGGUCUCUCCUUUCGGGUCAACAACCGGGCCAGCUUUUCUCUCCGGCAACUCUUUUUGGCCAUCAGCAUUUUCGGAAUGAUCUUCAGCAGCUUUUUUAGUUCCAAACUGAGUGCCAUGCUAACAAAACCUUUCCACCAGGCUCAGGUGAAAAAUUUUGACGAUUUGCAGCAAAGUGGAUUGACAAUUUUAGCGAACAAGGAUCAGUAUCACUAUCUUAAAAAUGAGUUGGACCGCGAGAUCACUGCAAAGUUUAUUUCAAAUGUGAAACAGAUGGGUUACUACGAGCGCAUGCAAUUACUUUUAUCAUUAAAUAAUAGUUAUGCUUAUACAAUAUACGGAUCAAGGUGGCCAUCUAUCGAAGCGAUGCAAAAGUUAAUUGGGCGCAAGGUGUUGUGUUCAUCGGAAGAUCUUACUGUAUUCAACAACAUUCCAAGGACACAUGAACAUCAACCCAACUCGAUUUUUAAAAAGUCGCUUUCCUUCUAUCAAAUGUUCUUUUACGAGAUGGGUCUAACGUCUAAUCAUCUAAAUGAUUUAUUUCGCAUUUUAAGACAAGAAUUAAAUAUGACCCUCAAUAAGAGAAUUCACGAUCUGGCUGUUCCUUUGACCAUUGAGAAUUUACACUGGCUACUGCACGGACCUGGAUCGGAAGUGCAGGAGGUGGAACACCAACAGAAGCUGAAGCUACAGCCGGAGCUGGAUGGGGAUGAGGAUGAGGAUGAGGAUGAGAAUGAGGAAGCGGAAGUCGAGGACAAAAAGGCCAAAAUGGCUAUGGCCAGCUGGCUGAAAUGUGCCAAAAACUCUCACGAUGAACGGAUCCGGAAUGCCUGCAACUGA